GUAAUUUACCACAUUUUUAUUAUGGUAUGUUACAUUAUACCUUUGGUGGGUGCGGUUUGUGCAGAUAGUUUUCUUGGCAGAUACAGAACUAUAAGAAACUUUUCUUUGAUUUACCUUAUGGGUAAUGUGGUGUUGUGCAUUGCGGCUGUACCUGUAUUAGACCAUGAUCCAAUUGUCUUUUCAUUUGUGGGGCUGUUGCUAAUAGCUAUUGGUACUGGUGGUUUGAAACCUUGUGUAGCAGCUUUUGGAGCUGAACAGUUUCGCCUUCCGGAACAAAGCGAGUUUUUGAGGUACUUUUUUUCAAUAUUUUACUUUACCAUCAACUUUGGAGGCUUGGUAGGCAUGAUAGUGACGCCUCUUAUGCGAAAAGCCGCUACCUGUUUUGGUGACGACACUUGUUAUGCGCUAGGAUUUAGUUUUCCCGCCUUAUUAAUGGCGAUUUCGAUUUUGCUAUUUAUAUUAGGAAAAACAUUUUACAAGCUGAAAACGCCUAAAAGGAAUAUUAUUUUGGAGUUUUCCAAGUGUUCCUGGUAUGCCGUGAGAAAAAAAUGUAAAAAAUCCAAAUCCAGACGCAAACCCGAACACUGGCUGGACCACGCCAAAGACAAAUUCGACUGGAAACUGAUCCAAGACAUGAAAAUCGUAUUUGCAAUUUUACUAUUGUUCGUACCUUUGCCGAUUUUUUGGUCCUUAUUCGAUCAGCAAGGCUCCAGAUGGACGUUCCAAGCCGCUCACAUGGACGGAAACAUUCUAGGCAUCCAAAUCGUCCCGGAUCAGAUGCAAGUCAUAAAUCCAGCGAUGGUUUUGGUUCUUAUACCGGUUUUCGAUAAGAUAUUGUAUCCGUGUUGCGAAAAGUUGAAUUGCUUGAAGAAUCCUUUGCAUCGAAUGGCUAUUGGAGGUUUAACUGCUGGCCUGGCUUUUGUAGCCGCUGGUUUUUUAGAAUUAGUCUUGGAAAAAACAUAUCCGGCACUUCCGGCAAAAAAUCACGGAUCUGUUAAUGUGAUAAACUCUUUGCCUUGCAGCAUAACAAUUAUUAGUGAAUUUAGUUGGAUCAUGCAAGUGUUGGAUGCCUCUAAAAUUUUAAGGUUUCAAAAUAUUCCUUGUCACAAUCGCACUAGGUAUACUUUAGAAAUUAGAGCCCCUAUUAAAUGUGACCAUAUCAGACUUAAUAAGGAGCGAUUUAAAAUGACAGCAAUAUUGGAAGAAAGGAAGGAAGACACUUUCAUUAUUGCCCUUGAUGAUAACCAUGAAAUUCAAGGAUACAUGACUGAUCCGGUAGAUUUUACAAAAUCAGUCACUGGGGCUCCAAAAUUUCGGUUUUUAUUGUGCUUAUGUGUUAAUUCUAAAUGUUUUUUAGUGGAAUUUUAG